AUGUCAUAUAAUUUUAUUGAAGAAGAUGAGUGUACUAUGAAUAUACGGUCUGGAUUACUGGCGAUUUAUUUAAUUAUCAGUGCUUUUUUAGGGUAUUUUAUCUUCACAAUUUUUAUUAUUUUAUAUUGUUGGCAACAGAAAGUAAAAAAUCAAGAAAAUUCAGAAGAAGUUAAAAAUAUAUUGAAUAAAUAUAAAACAGAGAUUCCGAUAGCAGAAGUAUGUGGUAUUUGUUUAGAAAAUGAAGGAGGAGAAAGCGUGGUAUUAAGAUGUGGGCAUGGAUUUCAUUCAAAAUGUAUAGAGGGAUGGCUGGAAAUUAAAAAACUUUGCCCUAUGUGUAGAUCAGAACAAGGAAGUUUUUAG